CGCGCAUCUACACCCCGAAAGCAACGGAGGAUCGCGAAAAUGACUCUAAUAAAUCAACGAUGGCAAACAGUGAAAUACUUUCAGAUCCGUGUGGUUUCACAGAGGAGACGGGAGGACUAAGUGGCCAAAUAUUUGCACAUAUUUGGUGGGGAAGCCGGUUGUCGUGUGACAUUGUUCGACACUUUUUGCAGCGUGCAGACACGCCUACGUUGGUGUCUUGAGAUUUCGCCUAACUAUUUUGGCUAAAACGAACAAUAUUAUUUGUGUUUAUGCAAAGUGUGUAAUUUUUCCACGAUAAAAUGUUUUCUUUGGCACCUUUUUUUUAUCAGGAAACAAGCUAAUUCAUGAAACGGCUGGCUGCUGAUCCUAAGUGGACUAUUAAUACAUCGACAACAUGGAUUGCGAAGAUGAUCUGGACAUUUUGACGGCAUUGAUGGUUGAAAAUGAGGACCAGCAAGCUUCAGAUGACCUUGAUGGCCUUUUUGACAACGAUGGCGAGGGUGAUCUGGAGGGAGGACAGGAUGGGGAGGAGGAUGAGUUGUCUGAGCUCUUUGGGGAUGUGGAAGAGGAAGAAGGUGCUAAAGAAAGCAUACGCCAAGCCAGUGGGAGCCUUAACAGGUCCCAAGAAGACUUGCAAGAUGAAUUAAGGAGGAUGCAGGAAAAAAUGCAGGCAUUGCAGAAGCAACUGGAGGCCAGCCAGACUCCUCGCUCCUCUUCCUCAGCAAAACACACAGCUGCUGUCAAACCAUCACCUUCUCCACUUGCUACCCCCAAACAUUCGCCAGAAAGACCUGCUGCUGUGGCCCAGAAGAACAAAAAUCUGUCAGUUAGCAGUGGAAGCCAGAAGAUGCAAGAGUCUUCGGACUUUCUGUCCCAGCUGAGCAACGCUGACUCCUUUAAACGCAAACCCAGAGUGGCUCACGCAGCAAAAAGCAACUCUUCGCCAGAAUCCAGAGGUCCACUGAUGGAGAUUAAGAUGGGCAGCUCCUUCCAGCCCGUGGAAAGCACAAGUAAGGCCGCCACUCCCGUGCAGCGGUGGCCUCCGUCCUCCCAGAGCAGGCCCAGACCGCCUGCGUCAGCUGGACCGCCUAAACUGGACUCUCUUUCGAAAGACGUGGCUGUGGAGAAAUACUCUGGGUUGAGGCUCAGGAAGCCUCGCGUUUCGUCGGCCGAGAUGGAUCGCAAGAUGUCUGAGCGCCGCCUGAUCCGCCUGUCGCAGGUUCCUGAGCGGCUGCUGCGUGAGAAGCUGGAGGACAGCGACUGGGUGACCUUUGCGGUGGUGGUCAGCAAAGCCACGCCACAGAGCAGCAGCAGUGGUAAAACAUUUAGCAUCUGGAAGUUGAACGACCUCCAUAACCUGGACGUCUUCGUGUCGCUCUUGCUGUUUGGGGACGUGCACAAAGAGCACUGGAAGACGGAGACGGGCACCGUCAUUGGACUCCUCAACCCCAACACCAUGAAGCAAAAAGAUGGAUAUGAUGGGGUCAGCCUGACGGUGGAUCACCCACAGAAGGUGCUGCUGAUGGGUGAAGCUCAAGACUACGGCACAUGCACAGCCAUGAAGAAGAACGGGGACCCUUGUUCUCAGCUGGUUAACUUGUCUGAGUGCCAGUUCUGCCAGUAUCACGUCAAGGCCCAGUACAAGAAGAUGAGCUCCAAGAGGGCCGAGCUGCAGUCCUCCUUCUCUGGUAAAGCUCCCAACAAGCUGAAGGGCGCCAGCCUCAAGGAGCGUCUGUGCCAGGACGGCUUCUACUUUGGCGGCGUGUCCUCAGCCGCCUGUGCAGCGUCGCUGUCUGCACCCAAGCACAACAAACCAGGACAGAAAACUCUGGACAGGUUUUUUGUGAAGGGUUCAGUUCGUCAGGCUAAGACUCUUGCGCUGCAAUCUGGGGAGGUUUCAGGUUGUUCCAGUGAAUUCAAGAGUUUGAUGUCUGCUCCAACACCGGGAGCUCUGCAGCUGAAGAAGCACCUGGCACCAGCAGCCCUCUCCAAGGACCCCCGUGGUUCUCCCAUCCAGUCCAUAUCAGCGUCAGACCUCCUGAAGCAGCAGAAACAGAAGCAGAGGGAGCUCAUGGAGAACCGUCGUCGUCGGGUGGAGGUUCUCCAGGCCAGCGUGUCGCCACAACCCCGUGACUCUUUACUGACAUCCCCCAAAGCAGCCCCUGUGCUCCCCAAGACCAGCCAGAGCCCUGCAACCCCCACAUUGGGACGGGGUCUCUGUAAGGGGGAGGACGUCCUCUUCUUUGACAGCGGGCCGCCUGCUGCAGCGGCCAACAGCCUCUCCGCCACCAAGAUGGCGGCUCUAAGGAAGCUGAGAGCAAAGGGGAUGGCGCUCGAGAAGGAGGACCCCAAUGGUGUGAAGAGGAAGAGGACAAACAGCAAUGAGAUUAAGACUCGCGUGGAGCAAAGUCUCACCUCACCUAAUGCUGAGUCCUCAGGAGGCGAUGAGCCAGAACUGAAGAAGAAGCGAGAACAGCUGAGCUACAUUCACUCAGAGGAGUUUCAAAAGAUCCUCAAUGCCAAGUCUCGCCAUGGAGCCGUCCUGGAAGCGGCUGAGUAUCAGCUGCAGGAACGUUACUUUGAUGCUCUGGUGAAGAAGGAGCAGAUGGAGGACAAAAUGAGGAACAUCAGAGAGAUGAAGUGUCGCGCUGUCAGCUGCAAAGAGUGCAAGUACACCUACUUCAAAGCGGCAGACCGCUGCGUGGCGGACAACCAUCCACUCUACUGGCACGACGCUAAGAAGCGUUUCUUCAAGUGUCCGUGCGGACAGAGAGCCAUCGCCCUGGACAGGCUGCCGCACAAACACUGCAGUAACUGUGGUCUGUUUAAAUGGGAGCGGGAUGGCAUGCUGAAGGAGAAAAAAGGCCCCAAAAUCGGUGGAGAACUUCUCCUGCCGCGAGGAGAGGAGCACGGCAAGUUCCUCAACAGUCUUAAGUAGAGACUCUUUUUUUUGCUGGGACAACUUCCAUGCACGUGACUUUUUUAUGCCCAUCAUGGAAAGACAUCUAUACUUGAUUAAAGUAAUACUUGACACAUUCA